AGUUUUGUACUCCAUAAUCACAACAAAUAAGCAGCAGGCUGACAGCCUCUUCCUUUUCUACCCGUUCCAGUAUUUUGAAAUCUGUCAAAGUGGAUCCAUUUGGUGUUUCAGACAUGAUCAAAUUCCUGCUGACCUUUGGCGCCGGUGUAUAUACUGGUAUAUACAUCACGCAAAAUUUCGAGGUUCCUCGGGUGGACGAACCAGCGAAAUUAUGGGAUAAAACCUCCGAGAAAGUGAAAGACUUUUUGGACCAGCACAAAAAGCCCUAGAGACUUUCUUACGAGUGGAAGGGAUCAUAACUACGAUAUUUUUAUAAACGAUUAAAUUAUAAUAACUUGUUUACGUUAGAACAAAAUGCUAAUGCUUUUAGAGAGUCCUGCUGCGGCUAGGGAUUGUUCUUUCAUUUUACCUCAUUAAAUGCUACAAAUUAUCGUUUAA